UGCUAUUGUCUAUUAUUAACUAUAGUAUAUUGAAAAGCUUCGAAAUGUUCACGCAAAGGGUCUGUGUACCUAUAUGAUAUAUACAAUGUUUUGGACAUUUAUAUGACAAAUACAUGGCACAGGAGAUCGGUGAUGCAUGUGCCGUUAGAAAAUGCGUCAGAUACCGACUGGUGCGCGUGUUUUGAUGAAUUAUGGAGAUUCUCGCAAACUUUGUACCAUUAUGUGAUUCCAUUUAUAUGUGUAGCGAUAAUACCGCUGAAUUUGAGUGUUGUAAUAUCGUGUGCAUUCAUUUUGAAGAGAGGGAAGCAGCCGACAUGUACUUAUCUAUUCAUGGGAAAUAUGGCCCUGAGCGAUCUACUGACAGGAAUUUCGCUUCUAUUCGACCAGCUGUUCCCUUACGCUCACCAGAAUCACUACAUAUGUGAAUUGAAAAUAGGUAUGUACGCAACAUCUAUGAUGACGUCAGUAUAUUCCUUGGGCUUAAUCGGAAUAGACAGAUUCAUAUAUAUCGUCCACGGAUUACAAUACCAAAGGUUGAUUUAUCCAUUUAGAGCAAAAAUAUUGAUAAUGAUGACCUGGUUUAUUGGUGGUACAAUCGGUUUUUUGCCACUCAUGGGUUGGCACAAUACAAACGUCGAAUCCAAACCAUGCUGGUAUAUUAACACAGUUCCCAAGGAGCUCAUCAUCCUAACUACUGUUCUUGGGGUCAUACCGCUAUUAACAGUCCUGGUAUUGUACUCGAUCAUCUUACAUCAUGCGUUAAAGAAAAUCUGUGAGGUGCAGAGUAGCUGGCUAUUCAGAGGACUACCUGUGAACGAAGCUAAAAGUGGUUCCAGUUGUAAAAAGCAGUCCAAGGAUGUGCCAAACCACCACAAUGACAACAAGCUCUUUUUGUUAAGCCCCCUUGAGUAUCCCAGAUGCAGCAAAGCUAUUAGAGUUGUGCUAUUCACCACAGGCUGUUUUGUAGUCACAUGGUUUCCAUAUCUCAUAGCUUGCUUGAUAUAUGUCAGUGAGUGUGAUCUUGAAAAGGGCUCUAGGCUAUGUAUGACAUUGAAAAUGGCGAUUUCGAGCCCUCUGGCACUUCUAGGAUCGCUCAACAGUGUAUUGAAUCCUUUGAUAUAUGCUUGGUGGCAUAAGGGGUUUAGGGGAUAUGUGAAGGAAAAUGUUAAAAAGACCCUUGUGAAAAAGAUCAGUACAAUUAGUUUAACACAUUCUGAUAGUUCCAGCAACUGACUUUAAGAUUUAGAAAACCUGAUCACAAAAUAGGAGGAUAUUAUAUUGUCUGGUGUUUAUCAAUAUAUCAAUCAAUAAACCACAACCAUAACAUUCUUCGAUAAGUAUUCUUGCUUUCAUACAGAAUAGAGCCUAUUGACAUGGACAUUCUACCUACAGUAGAGUCACUUCAUAGACUGGUUUAGCAGAGCAAAAUCCCUCCGGUUGGAGCAACCACUUAGUAAAGAAUGUCUGCGCCAUAAAAAAGAUCUGACUACUGGUGGCACCGCUUAGGACGCACGAGUCUGAAAAGUUUCUCAUCUGGUUACUUUCUAUAGCAUUUUUAGAAAAAUUGGUUUGAAUAUUUGAGGUUCUUUAUAGGAAUGUUUUUAGGUCUUGCUUUACAUUUUUGGUUCCAACAAUCAGAUUACAGUAUAACCAUUGUUGUAUGACUUUACUGUGUACUGUAUGAAUAAUGGAAUAAAUAGAUGUAUGAC